UGGAUACUACAGAUUGAUGGUUAAAUGGACUUUUAAUUUAUGUAAGGAAUUAGCGACACCAUCUUUGAAAACUUUACAUUUAAGGAAAUGUCAUGGACCAGUUGGAGGUCAAUUUUCUUAUGCUAAGUUAGCAGAAAAAAGGAAUAACAGAUAUGGAAGUUAUGUAGUUAGGGAAUGUGAGCAAUAUUAUAAUACAUAUUAUAUCGAUGCUUGUUCUGAAAGUGGAAAUCCAGAAACUUUCAAAGUUGAACUGCAAAGUGAAAAAUGGAAGCUUUAUGUAGAUCCAGAAAGUAAAUCAUACAAUAGCUUAAAGGAUUUAAUUACUGAUCACAACGAUCCAAGAAAGAGACCUUAUCUUAUUGAUUGUGUACCUCCAUCAGAAUAUGAUAGAUCACCUUUAUUGCUGUGUGAACCUAAAUUGUGUGUUGAUAGUAAAGCUGACGUUAAUGAUUUUCAAGAUUUACUAAUUUCACCUCACUGCAUUAAUCCAAGAGAUAUUCAAUACUUCAAAAGUUCAGCGAAGAAUACUUGUGGCGGAAGAAUGUGUUUCUACCGUGCUAUGUGGAAAGCAGCACCAGGCAAAAAAAUGGAAGUCGCAAUGAAAGUUCUUAAAUCUGAACAUACUCAAGAUAAUCUUAAGGAGUUUAUUGAACUUUGUGGAAAAUGGGCAUUUGUCAAGAAUUCUGCAUUGGUGCGCCUUUACGGCGUAACAUUAUCCAGCCCAGUAUCAAUGGUUAUGGAAUAUCUUAGUUCUGGUCCUUUGGAUCAAUAUUUGCGAAAAAAUGGAUCAAGGAUACAAGAGGUUGAUAUGGUUGAAGCUGGUUCUCAAUUAGCCACAGCGCUAUGGAAUUUGCAUGAAAAUGGUAUAGUACACGGAAAGAUCAGGUGCAGUAAACUUAUGGUAGCAAGUUACGACAGCAAGAGCUUUGUUGUAAGGCUAUCAGAACCAGGAUUAAACAUUACUUACACAGAUGCAGACAUUCAUUGGAUACCACCAGAGUUUCAUAAUAAUUUUGAGUUUGUUAAAAAAAGUACUGUUGCUGAUGUUUGGGCAUUUGCAACUACACUUUGGGAAAUCUUUUCAUUGGGAUCUGAAAUUAGUGAUGUAAGUUUUGGAGAGUGUAAACAAUUUUAUUUAUCUGGACGACGAUUGCAUAAACCGGAUGCUUGUCCUGAUGAUGUAUAUCUGCUCAUGAAGAACUGUUGGAAAAUCGAUCCUCAUAGUAGAAUACAAUCGCAAGAAAUUAUGCGAGAUAUGAAUCAAAUUUUAUAUGGAGUUUUUAACUCUAGAAGAACACACUCUUAUAGCACUGUAUACCCCAAAGGUUUUCGUGAUGUAAAUGGCUCAAAACAAAGUAUAUUUUCAACUGCAACGGAUGACACAUUUUUAAUACGAGAUGUUUUUUCUGCGCAUGAUAUGGAACGUGAUAAUAAAUCACUUACAUCAGAUAUCAGUGGAAGCAAUGGAUUUUCAAUUUGGGACAAGGAUGAUCAAUUUGAUAGUUCAACAAUAUCUUGCAAUCUUACAUCGAGCCCUUCACUAGAUCUGAUGGAUGCAAUGCAAAUUAUAUUUGAACUCAGCUCAGAUUGUAAUUUAGUAUUGCAGGGUCGCAUUGGGCAGGGUUUUUAUGGAGAAGUGUAUAGAGGAAACUUGGAAAGGGAUAAAGAUACUGAACCACAGUUAGUUGCUGUAAAGAAAUUGAAAACUAAUGCUCUAAAUUCAUGUUUACAAGAUUUUGAAAGAGAAAUUGCAAUUAUGAAGACUUUAAAACAUCCAAAUAUUGUUGAGAUCCUAUGUGUAUUUGAUGAACCUGAAAUAUCAUUAGUAAUGGAGUAUGUUGCCAAUGGUUCAUUACAAAGUUAUUUAAAAAUACAUCGUGAUAAAAUCAAACAACCACAGUUAUUGAAGUAUGCUCUAGACAUCGCUGAGGGAAUGGAAUAUCUUGGAAAAAAGCACAUAGUACAUCGAGAUUUAGCUGCUCGAAAUAUAUUGGUAGCUAAUGAAAAUUUAGUGAAAAUAUCAGAUUUUGGAUUAGCACAAGUUACUGGAGGCAAAGAAGAUUACUAUAUUCUGAAAACGAAUAGAGAUCUCCCAAUAAAAUGGUAUGCUCCAGAAAGUUUGUGUGAUGGUAAAUUUUCAUCCCGAUCUGAUGUGUGGUCCUAUGGUAUUACAAUGUUCGAAAUGUUUUCUUAUGGGGAGGAUCCGGUUCUGCCAAGUAUGUCGACAGUUGCAGCUUUGUCAUCAUCUGGAUUCAAUAAUUCAAAUUCUCAACUUCUUGGAGAAGUUGACAGUGUUAAUACUGAACCACCACAACACACCAUGUUCAAAAUUUUAAAAAGUGGAGAAAGACUGAAAUGUCCCAAAAGGUGUUCUAAUGAGAUUUAUUUAGAAUUAAUGCAUUCUUGUUGGAAAUUUUCACCUUCAGAGAGACGAACUUUUUCUGAAUUAACUGUUGUUUCUAGUGAAUUAUUAAGAAGAUCUAAAAAUGAAUUAGGAGACUUUUUAGGUUAAUAUACUAAACCUGGGAUAGCCUUACAAUAUACUCAACUACACAAUUAGAAUUAAAUUGGAUUAAGUAGUAAUAUUCUCUAAAUUUUAUUAGUUUGAUUUAU